AAUUGUAUUCGUGUUAAAAGCGAGAUUGGGCUAAGCAUCGUAUUUACUUAAAAGCACAAAACCCUCCACCGCCGCUUGCAUCGUUCCUUCUCUCCCCUUCCUGUCACUCUUUCUUACUUAUCUUCUUCCUUCUUCUUAUACCCUUCGACGCAAGAAGAACCCUACAAAUCGAAAACAAGAUGAAUAGAGAGAAGUUGAUGAAGAUGGCUAACACUGUCCGCACUGGCGGAAAAGGCACAGUUAGAAGAAAGAAGAAGGCUGUUCACAAGACGAACACGACGGACGACAAGAAGCUCCAGAGCACGCUCAAGAGAGUUGGAGUCAACUCCAUUCCCGGUAUCGAAGAAGUUAACAUCUUUAAGGAUGAUGUUGUGAUUCAGUUCAUUAACCCUAAGGUUCAAGCUUCCGUUGCUGCUAAUACAUGGGCUGUGAGCGGUGCUCCACAGACCAAAAGUAAGUGUUCUGUAUCUACAUACAUCAUAUUCUCUUCUCGGCUUAUGUUUAUUCUAAUUUUCGAAAAUCUAAAUUUUCGUGCAGAGUUGCAAGACAUACUUCCUCAGAUUAUCAGCCAACUUGGAACUGAUAACUUGGACAACCUGAAGAAGCUAGCAGAGCAGUUCCAGAAACAGGCACCAGGUGGAGGAGCUGAUGUUCCAGCAACUAUCCAAGAAGAGGAUGAAGAUGAUGUCCCAGAACUCGUAGCGGGAGAGACUUUCGAGACUCCUGCUGCUCAAGAAGCUGCUAAAGCUACUGCUUAAGAAGAGCUCACCAGCAAAACCCUCAUCAUAACAAAUGUUUGGUGGUGGACCGUUUUUGAGAUUCUUGUUUUCUCUAAACGUUGCGAACAGAAAGACUUGGUUUUGUUAUUAUCACUUGAUGCGUUUCGUCUGAACAGCAAUUUUCCUUUUAUUAUGGUUAGAUCGCUUCCUGCUUA